AUGAAAUCUCCUCACAAAUUUCUCGGAUUCAUCGUUAUCGCCAUCGCCUUUCCAACGGCCACGGUCGCAGGGACGAACUUUGAUGUUUGUCUAGCCAAUGUAAAAAAUGGCACUUUUGGAGUGGGCAUGGAUGUUGGCGGCACGGACGACCGCGGAUACCCUGUGGAUGUCUCUGUCGCCACGGGCAUCACGUACCGCCUGUGCGUCCAAGCUUGUGGUGGCGGUCAAGAACCAUUUCAAUGGUCCAUAUUCUCGCAGCAAUUCAGCGCGUGGUUGCUCCCGUGGCUAGCGCUUGUUUCCCAGCUCCCGUUCGGCGCAAACGAUAAACUAGACAACUUGGAUUCUGUGCUCCUAACUGUCGGUUCACCAACUUUGGCUGCAUAUUCACUUUGCCUAACUGUCUUAAACAGUCGUUGGGUCACCAGACGGUUUGCACGAUACACCUAUCCCAAUGCCCGAAAUGCAAUUCGCAUCCUCAGCAGCCUGCAGCAAUCACCCAUCAGAGUCGUGAAGGAGGGUGGGCUUCUUGCGUCCCUCAUUGUUCUUCCUCAAAAUGACGAGUGGUGGACUGAACUUUACGAGUGGAUUGAUUAUACCCACACCUGGUCCAUAUCUGCAGCCACUUCCAUCGCAUGGGUAGUCAUCGCCUACAUUUUUACCGUCAUUGAUUCUUUCACAGUGGGUAUCACCAACUCCAUCAAUUCCAACGGCCAAGGAGUAGGAUCGCUUUGGUUAUGGCUUCUUCCUAUCGUCAUUGGGUGGCUACAGAUCUCACCCAAAUGUGACUCGGCGCGCUUAAGCAGUGCCGUAGAGCGUGCUAAUAAGCUGGCCCACGUUGCCACAGAUGAUGGGCAUGUUGUUCUCGUGAAAGAAGCCCAAACUGAGGCACGAGCCAUCGAGCUUACCUUAACGGAGGUAGAUGACCUCCGUCGGGAUGAGAAGUGUACUUCGCCGGUCUUCAACUAUGCACGAUUCCUUCCGUGGGUGCAGGCAGUAGAAGACGUGUCCGAAGCUUUCCAGGCGGCGUCCGAUCAUCUUCACAAUCACGACUCAGUCGAUCCCUCUAUUGACUGGGUUACAGUGGAGAGAGGUCAGAAACCUGAUGAGCGCAAUCGUGUGGGAACCAGGACUGAAGUCGAAAACUACUGCACUCCAUGGCAACCUGCCGAGAGACCUCGUAGUCGCUGGGGACCGAAAGUUGUAUCCAGAAUGUUUCUUGCAUCCGCCCUCGCACUGAUGUUACAAUGGGGCACGGCUGGGGCUGCCUUGAUUCAAGUCUGGUACACACCUACACGAGGACUUGGCUGCCGAUCAGCAUCUUACCUUCUCUACACUGUCCUUUCCACGAUCGUUUGGAUGCUGUUAGUUGCUUCAAGCAUCCUAACGCACUAUGCCUCGACGACCCAAUACCACUUUGAAGGCCGGGCCAUCCGUCAUUGGCCUGCAAGAGCAGCUCGAAGGACCUCAAUUAUAUUCCGCUGUCUCGGAAAGAUCAUCGCCGCCUUCAACUCAAUUUGGGUAGUCGUCUCGUGCCUCUUCCAGUUCGGCAGCUUCUUUGAUAACUGUUAUUGCAAUAGCAGCGUCUUUUGGCUGCACGACCACGCGUAUAAUGUCAUUGCGCUUCUGCCUGGUGACGUUACGAGUAUAAAAAGUGCGUGGAUUGGUGGCGUAUGUUUGGCGGGCGGCACUGCGGUCAUAUAUGUAGGCUUCGUCAAUGUCUUUAUUGACCCACCCUUGCCGGAUUGA